AUGUCACAUCUUCUUCCACCAAACUUGCUCAAGCUCUUCGCACCUCGACCACAUCCUCCGUUCCUCAAGCCUCUGAGUAAAGAUGAACGAGUGAGAGGACCCAACAAGCUCGCUGGUGUCGCACCCUUGUUUCAUAGAUUGAAGGAAGAAGCGGAUGAAGAGGAAAUUCGUAGAGGUAUAAUGGAAGAUGCUAAACCCGAUACAAAGGAUACGCCCGAAGUAGAAUCCUCUUCUACAGCACUAGCAGCCGGAAGUAAAACAAACGGUGAAACGAAUGGUGAAGAUGGUGAAGUGAAAGAUUCCUCAGCGAGAACGACUGCAACAAAUAAAAAGGGAAAGAAGAAAGACCUGGUUGCUGAGAGAGGUAUCAUUGGUCCUGAAGCUGUCAAGAUGAGGAAAGAACUGAGAAAGAAAAGACAGGAGGAAUAUAAGAAAAGUGCGGAGAAGAAUUAUAAACCUCAAGAUGACGAUAAUGCAGCGGGAGACCCAUAUAAAACCCUUUUCAUUUCAAGACUGUCGAAAAAAGCAACAGAAGUCGAUCUACGACGUGAAUUCGAGAUGUACGGUGCCAUAGAGAAGAUAAGGAUAGUGAAGGAUAGAAAAGGGAAAAGCAAAAGUUACGCUUUCAUUGUAUAUGAGCGAGAAAGGGAUAUGAAAGCCGCAUACAAAGACGCUGAAGGAAUCCCAAUCCAUCACAAGAAGAUUUUAGUCGAUGUAGAACGUGGACGUACGGUAAAAGGCUGGAAACCACGUCGUUUAGGUGGUGGACUAGGAGGAAGACCAAAACCUGUCGAUCCUGCAAAAGAACAACCACCACCUAUACCUUCUUUCGGACCACCUGGAGGCGGAUUCAGAGGAGGAUUCGGAGGAAGAGGGGGUGGAUUCAGAGGUGGACCUCCUAGAGGCGGCUUUGGUGGAGGUGGGGGAGGAUUCGGUGGAAGAGGCGGAUUCCAAGGAGGGGCAGGCGGAGGUGGUGGAUUCCAAGGUGGAAACAGAGGUGGUUUCGGUGGCAGAGGCGGAUUCCAAGGCGGAGGUGGAGGUGGAUUUGGUGGGCGAGGAGGGUUCCAAGGUGGAGGUGGAGGAGGAGACAGAGGAGGAUUCGGUGGACAAGCUGGACAACAAGGUGGUUUCGGCGGUGGUCAAUCUAGUAGUUACGGUGGACCUCCUCCUUCUGGUGGUGGUGGAUUCCAAAAUGGAUAUCAACAAGGACCACCUAGUGCCGGCGGCUUUGGCGGUGGUGGUGGUGGCUUUAAGAGAGAUCACGAUGGAGGCAGUGGUGGUGGAUAUGCCGGUGGUAGUGGUGGUGGAUACGGAGGAGGUGCAGGAGGCGGAGGAGGCGGUUAUGAAGAUCGUGAUCCUAAGAGGAUGCGAUAUUAG